AUGCGUUUUCUAAAGUUGCUGGCGCUGACAGCGCUGUCCUGGACUGCGGUCGCCGCCAAAAAGGCAACCACGAAUAAAUUUGACACCUACUUUGCCAAACAAGCUUCCUCCGCACCCUUUGAAUUGGACGAGAAAGGAUACAAUGACCUGACUACCUCACCUCGCGACUACUCGUUGGCUGUGCUUCUCACAGCUCGAGACGCAAGAUACGCGUGCGGCGUGUGUCGAGAGUUCGAUCCGGAAUGGAGCAUACUGGGCCGCAGUUGGCAGAGGGGUGAUCGCAAGGGAGAACACAAACUGCUCCUCAGCACGAUUGAUUUCGAUAAUGGCAGAAACGUCUUUAUGAAGCUUCAACUUCAGACCGCACCUGUCCUCUUGUUCUUCCCUCCUACCAUCGGGCCAAACGCGAAACCAGAUGGCCAGCCUGUCCGCCUCGAAUUUCACGGUCCUCAAACUGCCGACAACAUCCGCAAUUGGCUUCUGAGGCACCUGCCUCCUGGCGACUACCCUUCGAUCUCGCGCCCUAUCAACUAUGCCAGGAUUGGAGCCUCGAUCACAAUUCUCUUGGGGGCAUUUACUUUCAUUACCGUGGCAUACCCCUAUGUGACCCCCAUCAUUCAGAACCGUAACCUGUGGGCUGGUAUCAGUCUGAUCAUGAUUCUGCUCUUCACAAGCGGACACAUGUUCAACCAUAUCCGAAGAGUGCCGUACGUUACUGGAAAUGGACGCGGCGGUAUCACGUAUUUUGCUCCAGGGUUUCAAAGCCAGUAUGGCAUGGAGACUCAGAUUGUUGCUGCUAUGUAUGCCUUGCUCGCGUUUGCCACAAUCAAUCUAGCCCUCAGAGUGCCGCGAAUCAAAGAUCCUCGCACCCAACAAGUUGCCGUCAUAAUCUGGUCUUCAAUCCUCUUUGGGGUCUAUAGCUUCUUGCUAAGUAUUUUCAGAGUCAAGAAUGGCGGCUAUCCUUUCUGGUUACCACCUUUCUAG